AUGAUGUUUUUACGAAAACAAUCACAAGAAAAACAACCAGCUGAGGAUGAAAAUAAAACAGCGAAGAAAUUAACAAAAGCGCAAAAGCUGAAGCAGAAAAAACUAUUACAAAAAGAGAAAAUAUUGGAGCAGAAGCGCUCACUUCUGAAGGCACAUUUGGCGAGGGAAAUUGAAUACGGACGUACAACCUACAGGAAGCACGAAAAGAGCUGGAGAAAAAUGAUCACUGAGGUCUCUUUGCCCCAAAAAAAGGAAGGAUUGGAGUACAUUUGGCAGUCCUUCGAACGUCUGAUAGACGCGAAAGAUUUCGUUAUUUCAUGUCUUUUGGAUGAAAUUCGGCAGGCUGAUGAUCAAUAUUUGAUGGACAUAAGGAUGCAUGUAACAACAGUCGAGAGGAUAAUCCUUUUGCUCAAUGAACAGUUACAGCAGUUCCAUUGUGAUUUUAUGUCUGAUUUGCAAUCACUGAGAGAUCAGCACAACGUAUUUCUGGACAAUAUACAUCAAGUCUGCGGUCAAAGUAUCUACCACUUGAAGACGAUACUGUUUGGCAUGGAAUUGGAAGAUAAAGAAAGAGAGAGAAGUCUGAGAGCUGAUCUCUGUUCCAAAGUGGAACUCGUGAAUUAUGACAAACAUGGAGCAAUUCUAGAAAUGACAGAGAGACUAACAUUCAUGUUGGAAUACAUGCUGAGAAACACGAACGACGUUAUUGAGGCAUUUUUGAAAAAAACUAAGCAACGUAGGGAGGAUUACGAUUCUUUCAAAAUCGCUGACGAUAAAGCUCAAGAAAUUCUUUCAUCUGGCAUGAAAAAGCUUCAGCACCUGAACGUGGUCAUAAGGAAACUUAAGAAGAAGGAAGAAGACCUUCAUCAUAACGAAUUGCGGAAUCUAGAGGGAGAUAAGAAAUUCUUUCAAAGAGCAUUUCUCAUACUCAAACUUAAACUGGCUGACGAUUUAAAACUCGACAAAGCAAAACAAGAAUUUUUCAUAUAUCAAUUCUAUGAAGCUUUUGACAGCAUAAAUGGCUUCUUAAAACGUGGAGAAAAUAUUCUCACUCUUUUGCGAUCUACUAGGAACCUUGAAACGUUGGAUGAGAAGGCUAAACCUUAUCCGAUUUUUCGCCAGGUUUCAGACAGUAUGACAGACGAUAAAAUGUUCCUGUUUUGGCAAAGAAUUGGAAAAGCUAACAUCUCAAGAACGGCUCUUGUCGAAGAAAGGAAAUUUCUUCGGAGAGAAAAUGAUUCUAUCCGAAAAAAAAUUGAAGAUAUGUGUUCUUGUUUGAGCUGCCCAAAACUGCCACCAAUAUGUACACGCGAAGGACCUAUUCCUUUCACAGAUGGUUUCACGUUGAUGAAGAAAUAUGAAAUGAUGAGCAGAGCAAGAAGGAGUUGAUUCUCUAUUAGACCCCAAUUUAUUUAUAGAUUUAGUUUAAGAUUUAUACCAUGAAUUUAACGUAUACUCAUUAAUUUAUGCAAUAAAAUUCGAUUAA